AUGACUUCUUCAAGCACAAUCCCCAAACGUGCCUUUGGAAAGCUUGGUCCCGAGCUCCCACGCCUCGGCUUCGGGCUCAUGAACGCUAGCGGGACUUACAACCUGCCAGGGACCGAUGCCGAGCGCCUGGCAUUGUUGGACCAUGCCUAUAGCAAAGGACAGGUCUUUUGGGACACAGCUGACAAGUACGGCGACUCCGAAGAGAUACUUGGUAAAUGGUUUGCUGCGAAUCCCGAAAAGCGAAAAGAUAUCUUCCUGGCGACAAAAUUCGGCAUCCAGGCGCUCCCCGACGGAAGAUUCACAAUGAACUCAACACCCGAGUACUGCCGUGAGUGCAUUGGAAAAUCCUUGAAGCGCCUUGGUUUACCUUACGUCGAUCUCUACUACAUUCAUCGGCUUGACAAGGUGACGCCAGUGGAAAGAACAGUCCAAAGUCUGGUGGCACUCAAGAAUGAAGGGAAAAUCAAAUACCUGGGUAUCAGUGAAUGCAGCGCCGAGUCCCUGCGACGAGCACAUGCCGUCCAUCCGAUCACAGCACUCCAGAUUGAAUACAGCCUUUUCUGUCGCGAUAUCGAAUCACCCAAGAUUCGGCUGCUCCAGACAGCGCGCGAGCUCGGAGUAGCAGUGGUAUGCUAUAGUCCCCUAGGGAACGGCUUUUUGACUGGCAGAUUCCGCACGAUUGAAGACGUCAGUGGACCCGGCGACUCUCGUAAGGUACUUCCUUGGUUUUCCAAGGAGAAUUUGAACAACAAUUUGGUCGUCCUCGAUAAAAUUGCCGAGAUGGCUAAAACCAAGGGUGCAACUUCAGCCCAACUCUCACUGGCUUGGCUACUCGCGCAAGGGGAUGAUAUUUUUCCCAUCCCAGGAACAAGCAAACCACACCGAUUAGACGAAAAUCUAGCAAGUGCUUCAGUGUCAGUUUCGCCAAAAGAAAAUGAGACUCUCCGGAAGAUAGCGUCAGAGGUCACUGGUGAGCGGUUUCAAACAAAGACUGGAUAUGCUUUCACCGAUACACCUAAGUGGGAGUAG